AUCAGUGACUUUGAGCAGGGGCCCAUUCUGGGCACGGGCAGCUUUGGGCGCGUGCUGCUGGUGCACACCAAGGCCAGCAGGGAGGUCUGCGCCAUCAAGGCACUCUCAAAGGCCCACCUGAUCAUACAUCUGAGGGCGGAGCGGGAUGUGUUGAGGAUGGUGAAUCACCCGGGCCUGGUCAACUUUCUGGGCGGGUUCCAGGACGACAACUGCGUCUACUUUGUUAUGGAGUAUGUCUGCGGCGGUGAAUUCUUCAGGCACCUCAAAGCGAAAGAGAAGUUGCCAGAAGACCAUGCCAGAUUCUACGCAGCCGAGGUGCUGGAUGCAUUUGAGUACCUCCACAGCAAUGACAUUGUCUACCGUGAUCUGAAGCCGGAGAACUUGUUGCUGGACAGCAAGGGGCACAUCAAGGUGACAGAUCUGGGCUUUGCCAAGAUUGUCGGCAGCGGCAAGCGCACAUAUACCCUGUGCGGCACGCCAGACUACCUCGCCCCAGAAAUCAUCCUCAACAAGGGGCAUGGCAUGGCAGUGGACUGGUGGGCGUUUGGGGUGUUCCUGUAUGAGAUGAUGGCCGGCUUCCCGCCCUUUUAUGAUGAGGACGUCACCAACACCUACAAGAAGAUCCUCAGCGGCCGCUUCGGGUUCCCCGCCCACUUCUCUGUGAACGCUCGCGACCUCAUCCGGAAGCUCUUACAGGCUGAUUUGUCAAAGAGGUAUGGGUGUUUGGCUGCUGGAACGAAUGACAUCAAGAAUCACCCCUGGUUCAAGGGUCUGGACUGGAAUAAGGUGGCCAGGAGAGAGGAGACGCCGCCCAUCAGGUGUCUUUUGUAA